GCAGAAAUGAUCGCACUGGACCCCGGAAGUGUGUGUGACCCUCAUCAUUAUUUCUCACCUAUGAAACCCUUUAAACAGCUUGAGAAAUGAAACGAUCUAUUUAUAUCUGCCCAUCGCUCAUCUGAGAAUCACAACUGGUGGAUAAAAUCUGAUUUCGGAGGCGGCUCCAGACUGUGGAUGCCUUUGAGUUCAAACCCGACAGGGUUCGAGAGGAUGUCAUUGUGAGGGACGCUCUGCGUGGUGAGAAUGCAGUCUUCAGGACACCGGUUGAGGGAUGUGGAGCAGCACCAGCCCCUGCUCGGCGGAGGAGAGGAGGAGGUGGCGGUCAGCCGCGUCUGGUUCAUCCAGGACAGCUGCGGGAUGGUGUGCGCCUUCAUGACCUGGUUUCUGGUUAUGUACGCAGAAUUCGUGGUGAACUUUGUCAUGCUGCUCCCCUCCAAAAGCUUCUGGUACUCUCUCAUCAACGGCGUGGUGUUCAACUUCCUUGCCGUGCUGGCACUGACGUCACAUCUGCGAACCAUGCUGACGGACCCGGGAGCUGUUCCCAAAGGUAACGCCACUAAAGAAUACAUGGAAAGCCUGCAGCUGAAGCCAGGAGAGGUCAUAUACAAAUGUCCGAAAUGCUGCAGCAUUAAACCAGAGAGGGCACACCAUUGCAGUAUCUGUAAGAGAUGCAUCAGGAAGAUGGAUCACCACUGUCCUUGGGUCAACAACUGUGUGGGCGAGAACAAUCAGCGAUUCUUUGUCCUCUUCACUAUGUACAUAGCCUCCAUUUCUUUGCAUGCGCUGUGUCUCAGCGGUUUCCACUUCUUCACCUGUGUCAAAGUCCAGUGGAAUGAGUGUAGUGAUUUCUCUCCACCGGUGGCGGUGAUGCUGCUGAUUUUCCUGUGUCUGGAAGCACUGCUGUUCCUCACCUUCACCGCUGUCAUGUUCGGCACUCAGAUUCACUCCAUCUGUAAUGAUGAGACGGAAAUCGAGCGACUGAAGAACGAGAAGCCCACGUGGGAGCGGCGGGUGCGAUGGGACGGCAUGAAGGCUGUUUUCGGCGGGCCGCCCUCUCUGCUCUGGUUCAACCCUUUUGCUGGACUCCGCCUUCGGGUUCUGAUGGUUCGCGCCCGGAAGAACGGAGCCGAGUUCUCCGUCUGAGUGAAGAAUGCUGUCUAAUAAGGCACAGCCGUCUGCCUUCAUGCCUAUUACCCCCCCUCACAUAGGACAUAGGACUCCUUCCUUUAAUGCUGAAGCAGGUUUGGAGGUACUACGGUGAAAACCUGUUCAAUAACUGAUGUCGCUCCUGGAACAAUGAGGCUACGUCUCGAUACAGCCUGUCUGUGUCCACACAUUAAUACCUCGGACGGCGGAUCAUUCUUGUUAUACUCGCAUCGUCUUCAUGAACAUAAGCACUCAUGGGUUUUUAUUUGCUUUCCUUUUUUUUUUUGUUGUUGUUCUGAAAUUUACGGAGCAUUUGAAGGGUGUUAAUAUCCGUUAUCCAGCCUGAAGUAAUUGCAUCUAGAGCUACCGCGCGGCAAAAAUAAUGGUUGCGAUUGUUGAAAUAGAAAUAGAUCAUACACCAAACAGAAUGUGUUUUGCCAAAAAAAAAAAAAUUAUAAAAUAAUUAUGCGAGUCUCACAAAAACUGUCAGGAAAUGCCCACGUGGUUUUAUAUAUAUAUAUAUAUAUAUAUAUAUAUAUAUAUAUA